UUUUAUUCUGCUCCAGAAGAAAAGCCUCGCCUCCUGGAGCGGAGGUGAGUGGCUGAGAAACUAACCAGCAAGGGUGUCUAUUAAAAGACUGCGAGUGCACAUACAGCGAUAGUCCAUAAGCGACGAAACAGCUUUCCUCUUUGAAGAGCGUGAAGGAAGGGGAAAGGGUUAAAAUAGUUCAGAGUUCCUCAGCCUCAGGUCAAAGGGAAGCAUGCGCUUAAUUGGUAGCUCUGCUUUCGGCAUGAGCCCGGCAAUUGUGCAUAGCUCAUUAGCUGAUGUUUUAAAAGCAGCUGGCUGACGGGCUUCUUGCUGAAGUUUCUACAAUGAGAGUUGUCCAGCUUUUGCUGGAAAGCGUGCUGUUUCCACAGGAGGUGCAAAGCAGCUGCCAAAAAUUCUGUCAGGAAGCCAACGGAGAGCCUGAGAUGUCUUGGAAAAAAUCACACCUUGUGGUCGCUGUUUGUAUUGCUACUUGUGCUUCAAUAGUGACUCUUUCCUACUUUCAGAGAAUAAAACUCUCUUUCAUGUCCAUGCCAGAAACCAAGCUCUGCCGAGGGAUUCCUGCCAAAAACACCAUCACACCCUUAAAAGAUAACCGAACCUACAUCAUCGCGCCAUAUUUAGACAACAGAAAGAACAAAAUGAUACGAGUGAUUUCAAUACUCCACCACAAAGAUGUCAAGGAACUUUACUGCUGGUUCUGCCACCCAUCCAGCGGUCAAAUGUACAUCUCCAAGGCUGAAAUAGAUAUCCAUUCUGAUAGAUUUGACUUCCCUUAUGGUGCCACAGACUUGAAAUGUUUGGAACCAGAAGACUGGGAACCACAUUACAUGUCAAUACAUUGGUCUCCUAAAGGAGAUAUCAACCAGCUACCGCUUUUUGAAAUAAGAAAUCGUGAUCCUGAAGGUUCCCUCGUGGACUUCACAGUCUGCAUCUCCGCCAUGUUUGGAGAGUACAACAAUGUCCUGCAGUUUGUGCAGAGCAUGGAGAUGUAUAAAAUCCUUGGGGCGGGCAGAGUGGUGAUCUACAAGAACAGUUGCAGCCCACUGAUGCAGAAAGUGCUGGAUUACUAUAUUGCAGAAGGGAUUGUCGAAGUAAUCCCCUGGCCCAUUGAUUCCUACCUCAAGGUCUCUUCUUAUUGGCAUCAUUCAAUGGAUCCCAAGGACAUUGGCUACUAUGGACAAAUUACGGCCUUGAAUGACUGCAUCUAUGACAACAUGUACAGGAGCAGAUACAUACUGUUAAAUGACAUGGAUGAAAUUAUUCUGCCAGGGAAAUAUGCAGACUGGAAAACCAUGACGCAGAACCUUCAACAGCAACAUCCAGACGCUGGUGUCUUCCUCUUUGAAAAUCACAUCUUCCCUAAAACUGUGUUUACCCUCAAUUAUAAAUUCAACACUUCCUCUUGGAAUGCAAUACCUGGGGUUAACAUACUGCAGCAUGUCCUCCGGGAACCUGAGCAGGAACAUGUUGUUAAUCCUCGGAAAAUGAUUGUUGAUCCAAAGAAAGUUAUUCAGACAUCUGUCCACUCUGUUCUCCAGGCCUACGGGGUCAGCAUACAUAUUCCAAUGGAUGUUGCCUUAGUCUAUCAUUGCCGGACUCCCUUUCAAGAAAAUCUACCCAGACUUCUUCUAAUUAAGGACACAACUCUCUGGAGGUACAAUAUGUCAUUAAUUGGAAAUGUCAGCAAAGUUCUUCAGGAAAUAGCAUGGAACACAGGAGAAUAUAGAUGAGGGAGACCAAACUGGAGACAAAGAUAGCAUCUGGGCAAUAAAUACAGUGAGGUGGAGUCGCUAAGUCAACAUGAGCCUCUCCCGGAAGUUCUGAAGAAGAAUAACUGAGUAUACAGAGUAUAGUGGGCAAGCUCAUUUUCUGGUUGGCUUAAUGGCAAGUGGACAAAUUGGUGGCAAAGAGUGGCAAUGAGUGGCAAAGAUGACCAAUGAAGUCAGUUGCAGGAAUCUCUUUCUUCUACAAAUGCUGAUCAUCAUAGAUCUGUGUCUUUCUAGUACUUGAAGGGCCUUUAUGAAUAAAUGACACAUGUUAUUUGGACUAAUGGAACAGUCUUUAAUGCAUCUGGCCUCCUGGCUUUGUAGUUGGUUCAGUUGGAAGAAUAAUUCCAUCUGCAUCUCUCUUUCUGUUUUUUCCCCAUCCCAUUUCAUUAAGAGCUGGGUAGACCAAAAUUUGUGGCACUCACAGUGAUGGUUCCACUUGUUUCUUGGGUCUACAUCAGUUUGCACAGUCCAGCUGUACCUGGCAUACUGAGGUCACAUAAACUAGAGUAUUUUGUUCAACCAGUGCACUAUUUUACCUCUGAAUAAUCUGCCAGUGGUAUCACUUAUCCUAACUGUCUGGUGCACCUUUGAGAAUGCUAACUGAGCUGGCAAAUGACCCUUUGUGUGGCAGCAAAUGCAGGGGGAAGGGAUACACUAGAGAAACCAACAUAAAGAAUGUGGGGAAUAGUAUUUGAUGAAACGUUGUAGAUUCGAUCAGGGAAAAUAAGAAGCUCCAGGUUUUCCUGUAAACCCUUGGGUGUUAACAUGAAAGAAACACAUGGAACAAAGAAUGGAAAUGGAUUUAAGUCAUGAGCUGGAUUUUUGUGACUGUAAAGUUCUUUGUUUAGGUUCAAGUUUUUAUCAUGGGGGAUAAUAACUUUCUGGUAAAACACCAAAGGUGAUUGUGGGUAGCUAGAAAUUAAACAGAAGCAAGACCUGUGAAGGGAGAAAUGGUUGACCAACUGCUGUGCUUUUGUGGCAGACUUACUGGAGAAAACCAAUACAGCAACAAUUCAAGUAAGAUCAUUUUUGGAAGAACUUAAUAAAGACUUUUUGACCUAAAUAACAAUGGAGCAUUUCUGUAGCACCUUAAUCACCAUUCAUAUCUUGUUUGUUUCUUUGGUUUUUUAGAAAAGCAAAAUCUAUGAGGUCAGUUUGGUCAAGAGGUAAUCAUUAAUGUUCACGGCCACAGACCACCAAAAUAAUUCAUAUUGGGGGCUGAAUUUUUAACAAGGAAAAGGACACUAUUUACCUCUUGCAUAAGAAAAUAUAGAACGAAAUUCGAGUCCAGAGUGGCAUCUUUAAGACCAACAAAAUUUUAUUCAAGGUAUAAGCUUUCAUGUACAUGCACACUUCUUCAGAUACAUUGAAAUGGAAGUUACCAGUCUAUACAUAUAGGUAGAGGGUAGAAGAAAAUAUAGUUGUUUUUCUGUGUUUCUGGGCUGCUGCUUGUGGAAUAUACCCUUAAAUGUAUUUCUUUGGUGUAACCUAAUAGAAUUUUUUUUCCAGUGGAGGUGUUACUUUCCCCCCACCAUAGAGAACAAUGG